AUGGCUGAGCCCAUCCGAGUGCUGGUGAGCGGGGCUGCAGGGAAUGUCGCCCAUUUCCUGCUCUACAGCCUCGCCACAGGGACUGUCUUUGGCAAAGAGCAGCCCAUCGUGCUGGGGCUGCUGGACGUGCCUCCCAUGAUGGGGGUCCUGCAGGGCCUCGCCUCAGACCUGCAAGCGUGUGCCCUGCCCCUCCUGAGGGAUGUGCUGGCCACAGACGCCGAGGAACUGGCCUACAGAGACCUGGACGUGGCCAUCCUGCUGAGCUCCAUGAACAGGAAGGAGACCCUGAGCAUGAAGGACCUCCUCAGGGCCAACGUGAAAAUCUACCAGGGCCACGGCAAGGCCUUGGAUAAGUUCGCCAAGAGGUCCGUCCGGGUGAUCGUGGUAGGCAACCCCACCCAUACCAACUGCCUGGUGGCCUCCAAGUGGGCGCCGUCCAUCCCUAGGCAGAACUUCACCUGCCUGACGCGUCUGGACCAGCACCAGGCCCAGGUGCUGCUCGCGCGCCAGCUCGGGGUGCCGGUGCCUGACGUGAAGAAUGUCAUCAUCUGGGGCAAUCACUCCUCUGUGCUGUUCCCAGAUGCCUCCCAGGCCACGGUGAGGGUGCGCGGCCGGCAGGCAGGCGUGCGUGAGACUCUGCAGGAUGACAACUGGCUCCAGGAGGACUUCGUCCACAGCAUACAGCCAUGCUUGCCCACGGGCGCCGUGUGGUCCCAAACGCCCAGGGCCAUGGCCACCGCCAAAGCCAUCUGUGACCAUGUCAGAGACCUCUGGCAAGGCACCCCGGAGGGAGAGUUUGUGUCCAUGGGUGUGAGUUCCCAUGGCAACCCCUACGGGCUCCCCGAUGAUCUGUUCUACUCGUUCCCUGUGACGGUGCAGGAGAAGACCUGGAAGGUGGUGCCCGGGCUCCCCAUCAGUGAUUUCUCCUAUGCCAAGAUGGAGCAGGCUGCCAAGGAACUGAUCCAGGAAAAGGAAAUUGCUUUGGACCUGCUUUUCUCUGACCGGAAAAUCGCUCAGCUCAGUGAUGACAAGGAAGUCCCCAAAGCUGAAGAAUCCAGGCUCCUCUCCGCCCCAACUUCCAAAUCCUGA